AUGGCUUCCUGUCACAUCCAGGAGAUCAACCGGGAUCCCAGGAUCUUAACCAACAUCACCCUGGGCUACAACCUCUAUGAGAACUAUUUUGAUGCAAGGAUGACUUCUGAUGCCAUGCUAGACCUGCUUUCCAGUGGGCAAAGCAAUAUUCCAAACUAUAAAUGUGGAAAACAGAAUAACUUGCUGGCUGUUCUUGAAGGGGCCAAUUCUGUCAUCUCAAAAGAGAUUUCAGCCAUCUCAGGCAUCUACAAAGUCCCACAGGCCCUGAGGUUGCUUGUCAACAAUGAGCACCUGGAACCCAUACUGAGCAGGAGCACAGGUCUCCUGGCUAGUCUUCCCCACUAUGAUGCAGACUAUUGCACCAAUUGUCCAGAAGAUCAGCAUCCAAAUAAGAACCGAGAUCAAUGUGUCCCCAAGAUGAUCACCUUUCUGGCCUUUGAAGAAUCCUGGGGGAUCCUUUUGGUUUCCGUUUCACUAUUCUUAUCCUUAACCAUGAGCAUUGUGUUAGGAAUCUUCAUUAAAUUCCUAGAAACUCCGAUAGUCAAAGCCAACAACCGGGACCUCUCCUACAUCCUCCUUAUCUCCCUCCUGCUUUCCUUUCUGUCCUCCUUCCUCUUCAUUGGCCAGCCAAGGAAAGUAACCUGCCUUCUCCGACAAAUGACCUUCAGCAUCAUCUUCUCAGUUGCCAUCUCGUCUGUACUAGCAAAAACCAUCACUGUGGUGCUGGCCUUCCUGGCCACAAAGCCAGGGAACAAGAUGAGGAGAUGGCUGGGAAAGAGUCUGGCCAACUCCAUUGUCAUCUCCUGUUCCAGUGUCCAAAUUGUCAUCUGUGCCAUUUGGCUGGGGAUCUCUCCCCCAUUUCCAGACUCUGACAUGCACUCCCAGCCUGGAGAGAUCAUCUUGCAAUGCAAUGAAGGGUCUGUCACUAUGUUUUACACUGCUUUCAGCUACAUGGGGUUUCUGGCUGCCAUAUGCUUCACGGUGGCUUUCCUAGCCAGGAAGCUGCCUGGGGCCUUCAAUGAAGCCAAGCUGAUCACCUUCAGCAUGCUGGUCUUCUGCAGUGUUUGGGUGUCCUUUGUGCCCACCUACCUGAGCACGAAG